UCUAAAAUCAUCGCUGGCUUUGCAAUUUAUUUAAAAAAAAUAAGUUCCUACUGCUUUAAAAUGUUCAAACUCCUUGGUGGAUUGCAUCGCUCCUGGAGUUCGUCGACUUUGGGGAAACCCCCAGGCUGCAUAUCACGGAUUUGGUUUGGACCACUGCCAAAGGACUCUAAGUGGGUUAAGCCCGGACGCAUCAGCUAUAUCGAAAAUGACGUGAAGAAAACGGCGGAUAUUGUGAAAAUUGUGGACGGUGUUGUGGUGCUCCUCUUCAGCAAGUCUCGAGAAAAGCUCAUCUUUGUGCGGCAAUUCCGAGGAUCUGUUUACCACGGAAUCUGUACCGGUAGUAAUGUCCAAGUGUCCGAGGGCGAGGCUGACCUAGAGCGGUUUCCGCCGGAAAUGGGAGUUACCUUGGAACUUUGCGGCGGCGCCGUAGACAAGGAUAAAAGUUUGGCGGAAAUCGCCCAGGAGGAGGUGCUGGAGGAAUGCGGCUAUAAGGUACCCGUGGAAUCCUUAAAGCAUGUUUUCGAUUACAGAUCGGGGGUCGGAGCCUCCAGCGGUGCUAUGACCUUGUUCUACUGCGAGGUUCGCGAUGAUCAGAAGGUGGCAAUGGGUGGCGGAGUGGACAACGAGGUUAUCCAGGUCGUGGAGUUGUCCGUGGAAGAAGCCAGAAAAUUGGUCCAAACAGGGGCCAAGACGAAUGGAGGACCUUCUUGCAUGAUGGGAUUGCUAUGGUUCUUCCUUCAAAAAGAUUCCAAUUAA